CUUACAUACCCCGCAUGUCCCCAUUGCCUUUCUCUCGCAGCAUCUAUCAUACUAUUUAUGCGAACGAAACAACAAUAUGGAGAGAAAUCAACCCAUAAGCACAGAUGUCACAACCUCAAGAGUCACCUCCCGCAGGAACCAACUGCUUUUCACAAAGCUGCUAGACUCAAUAAGCGCGGCUACACCACUCCAGAUACUGCCAUCGAAGAUAAAGGGAGCUGGUACUGGCUUGUUCACCACGAAAGAUGUAGAAAAUGGGGAAGAGAUCUUUCGGUCGUGUCCAGUGGUCAAUUGUGUUAUGGAUGGAAUGCAGAAACUUGUAUGUGACAACUGCUACGCUUACCAAGAUAGCAAAGUCAUCCCAAGCGGCCGCUUCCGUAAAGCUGGGGAGCCCAAGCUGGAGAUGAAGGCCUGCAAGGGGUGCAGCGUCUGCUACUACUGUUCCAAGACUUGCCAAAGGAAAGCUUGGAAACGAUAUCACAAACAUGAGUGCACGAUUUUCUCCGAAACGCCGAAUAUGCCCGCCCGUACUCGAGCGCUGUAUCGACUCCUGAACAUGGACAAACUUCAGCUUCUAUCACGUGAAACAUGGUCUGGGCUGUACGGGUUGCAACCUCAUAUUAAAGAGCAUCUUACCAGCACAAAUUGUGUGGCAAUCCUCGGCGCUCGAAAGUCGGCUAGGGAUCGUACAGGCACUGAUCGCACGUCCGAUGAGGUUCUCACCUUGUACUGCACCGUACUUACCAAUUGCCUCAGCAUCUACCAAGCAGAAGGCAAGAUGCUUGGGACAAGUCUAGACAUCAUCACGUCACUGGUGAAUCAUUCCUGCGACCCUAACGCAUUUGUUGUGUUCGAAGGAAAUUCGCUUUGCGUUCGUUCUAUGCGAAAGCUAUCAGCCGGCGAAGAGAUUACCCAAUGCUAUACAGACGUGGACACGAAUGUCUUACUAAGACAGGAAAUGUUGAAAUCAGAAUACUUCUUCGACUGUUGCUGCGAAAGGUGUGAGAAGCAGAUGAAAACACAAGAGCAGAGAUUUCCAGGCAUGAUCGAACAAAUUCAGCAAAGUCAACAGCAGCUGAUAGAUCUUACAAACGAGGCAGUUCACCUCAAUGACAUCAGUAGUCUCGAGAUCGAGGCCCAAGACAUUGCGAAACAUGUUUUUCCUGGCGGGCAUUGGCCAAGGGAUCUACAACCGUGGCCUGCAAUGCGCAUCCUCUUUGCACAGGAGCUCAGGGCGCGUGGACGCUUGAUGGAAGCUAUGAAGCAAGGCAUCAUUGGUUACUUGUUUUUCGAACCGCGCACAGGAGACACCUGGAUCCGGCAUUUGCUCGACCUCACGCAGUUUAUCUCCAGGGUUCUCGUGGGAUCUGACUGGAAAACGCCCCGUGGAGGGCCCGGAUUUCUCACUGAAUCGCAAUUAUGGGAUGUUCUCCACGGCUAUCUGCAUGAGCUCUCUCUUUGUGCAAUCAAGACGUUCGGGGCCAGGUCAGAGUAUGCACAAGCGAUUCAAGCCUGGUAUUCCGACUGUAUGAAGUGUGCCGACGCGCCGCUUCCUGGAACCCGUGCCUUUGCACAAAAGUUCGAGACGACGCAAUCAAGAUUGCUUCUGUGGGCUGGGGUAGAUGAAGGCAGGGGCAUAGCGCUAGGCUGACAAAGUAAGAGCACAAGAAAACACGCUUGAGUAAGGGUGUCGAAAAGCGAGGUAGUGAGCUGCACAUUUUGCCUGUCAGAUUGAACAAUUAUGCCUACGAUUUUCUAAUGUAACAA